GAAAUUGACACGUGAGGCCUUCAGUUAAGAGGCGCUGCAGACUGAAUGGGAAGCUCACGCUUCUGUUCACGCUCACGUGUGGUCAUGUUUCUCCAGUAUUACCUCAACGAGCAGGGAUACCGGGUCUACACGCUGAAGAAGCUUGACCCUAUGGGACAGCAGACCUGCUCGGCCCACCCUGCUCGGUUCUCCCCAGACGACAAAUACUCUCGACACCGAGUCACCAUCAAGAAACGCUUCAAGGUGCUCAUGACCCAGCAACCGCGCCCCGUCCUCUGAGGAUCUCUUGAAAUUUCACGUCUCUUCUGCCGCCUGCUAGCCCUCAAGAGACUUUCUGAAAUCAGGCUCUUCCAUCUGUGAGCCUUGAAGUCUUGCUACGACCCUUGAUCCUUGCAUCCGGUCUCAUCCUUGCCUUUGAUCAUGCUUGUGGUGAGGCCAUCAUGGUAGCAUCCCCUUUAAAGGGAAGAUGUUUGAAUCUUCUUUUCAUACUCUGAAUCACUGCCAGGUUAUUAAAAUGAUUUGAAAGA